CCGAGCUGCCUCCCCGACUGGAGGAGCUCGAAGGAGCGAACUUGCAAACGGCGCUGCGAGCGAGUGAGUAAUCCGCGAGCCAGGCGGCGGGAGCACAUGGUGGCAGCAGCGGCGCAAGGACGCGCGGGCGCCGGGUCCGGGUAGCGAGUCUGUCCGUCUCUCUUGUCCCCGCGCUCCUCCUGCUCCUCGGUCCGGCUUGGCUGCCUGGGACGCCGGGCUCCCAGCUGCCCUCGGAAGGCGGCUGAUGAAUUCUCCCGAGAGAGAGACGCCCGGCGCCCCGGCUGCGCCUCUCUCCUCCCGGCGCGCCGCUGAAAAGAAAAAGACGCGCAGCGGACACUUGAGUCGCCACCGCUGCUAACGGCAGACGGACUUUCCGAAGCCACCGAAGGGCUCUAGGUGGCGUCGAAGCUUUUCGAAUCGGCUUUGAACUUGGCAAAGCGUUUGGAGGAGAUACAGUUCGGAUUAUUAUUAUUUUUGUAUAUAUAUAUUGGAGAGGAGGGGAUUCAUUUCAUGUUGACAUAUUGCAUAUACGUAGGUGAAGACUUGCAUCGGAGUGACAAGUGAGGUGGGCGGGGACUGGCCGAACUAGAAGAGAGGGAUGGAAAGUCCCACUGAGGCAGAAGGCAAAGACCAGUUUGCAAGCUGAACUUUGAAAAGCGCGAGACCUGGCAAGAAAAGAAAGCCAGCCUAACAGACAACUGAGAACGCUUUUAUGCAAGAAAAGGCAUCUUUUGCUGGCUAGCCAAAUUGCACUCGGCUUCUAAGAGCUCUUUUUGCUAUUACUGGCCACCUUUUUUCUAAUCUCCCUGCUUUAUGAAUUUCUCCGAAAAAGCCGGCCACCUUUCCACCAUCUGCUCUCCUAGCUCUGCCUUUGAAAUGCAGGAUUCUUCAGUUCUCUCCGAUUUGGAUUUCCAUCCUCUUCCGGCUGAAAUCUGGGACUCUUGACUUUUGCUGCCGUUUUGUUCUUCUUUGACCCAGUUGGCUCCUUGCGAUUGUCCCAGCCUCGCCAUGUCUUUCAGCCCCACCAUGCUGCCUUCUGCCAACGGCUCCUCCAAUGGGACCGGAGGGGCACCUGAGGGCAGCAAACCCUUGACCAUCCCCGCUGUCAUGUUCAUCUUUGGGGUGGUGGGGAACCUCAUUGCCAUUGUGGUGCUCUGCAAGUCCAGGAAGGAGCAGAAAGAGACCACCUUCUACACGUUGGUGUGCGGCUUGGCCGUCACGGACCUCCUGGGCACCUGCCUGGUGAGCCCGGUCACGAUCGCCACAUACCUGAAGAACGAGUGGCCGGGCGGCCAACCGCUUUGCGAAUACAGCACCUUCAUCCUCCUCUUCUUUGGACUGUCUGGACUCAGCAUCAUAUGCGCAAUGUCCAUUGAGAGGUACCUAGCCAUCAACCACGCGUACUUCUACAGCCAUUAUGUGGAUAAGAAGCUGGCAGCGCUCACGCUCUUUGCCAUCUAUGUUUCCAACGUCCUCUUCUGUGCCUUGCCGAGCAUGGGCUUGGGCAGCACAAAGCUGCAGUACCCCCAGACUUGGUGCUUCAUAGACUGGCGGACCAACGUCUCCACACACGCAGCCUAUUCUUACAUGUAUGCCGGCUUCAGUUCCUUCUUGAUCAUGGUCACCGUGGUUUCCAAUGUCUUGGUGUGCAUGGCCCUGAUCCGCAUGCACCGACAGUUCAUGCGGCGCACCUCCCUGGGGACGGACAAUACCGCCAGCCGAUUGUCGGACUUCCGCCGGCGCAGGAGCUUCCGGCGCAUGGCCGGCGCAGAGAUCCAAAUGGUCAUCUUGCUCAUUGCCACCUCCUUGGUUGUGCUGAUCUGCUCCAUUCCUCUCGUGGUGCGUGUCUUUGUGAACCAGUUGUACCAACCGCCUUUGGUGAAGGACAUUCAGCAAAACCCCGACUUGCAAGCCAUCCGCAUCGCAUCGGUCAACCCCAUUCUGGACCCCUGGGUGUACAUCCUGCUUCGCAAGACGGUGCUGAGCAAAGCCAUCGAGAAGGUCAAGUGCCUUUUCUGUCGUAUCGGCGGAGGCCACCGCCAGCACUCGGGAAGCAACUUCAACUGUGCGGACGGCCGCCGGGCUUCCUCUGCCACAGCCACCCAUUCGCCCUCCUUCAUUUCCCGGGAGCUGAGGGAGGUCAGCAGCACCUCGCAGACGCUUCUGUACCCACUGGAGCCGAGCGAGGGGGCUGCUGGGGACCGGAUGCUGUUGCCAGGGGCCAGCAGCCGCCCAGCCCAGUCAGACACUACGUCCAUAAGGACACUGAGGAGCUCAAACACCUCGGAGUCGUCCCAGGGCCACGAGUCGGAGACGGUCUUUUUGGUGAAUGAACUCAGGCCUGGCAAUGCUCAAAAGGGCAGCUCUCUUCAGGUCACCUUCCCCAGCGAGACGCUGAACUUGUCGGAGAAGUGUAUAUAAAGGAAUGGAGGACGUUUGUGAGGUGCAGAAGGUCCUUUGGAAGAGGACCAGAGAGGAACUCGUACAGCGGACAUAUCAAAUGUCCGGCCUUUGCCAUCCGGUCUGCUCUGCCCAUUGUGGUUAAGGCACAUCAGAGGCCGAACAAGGCCGCCUUGCUGAUCUAAUGCGACCGUGUAGCCGUUUAGGGCAAGGUGAGCUGUAAAUGGGCAUCUAGUAAGAGAGCUCCUUUGGGUACGAAAUGGCAAUUGGGUGGAAUUAAACAUCCUGGCUGCAAAAGAUGGUACGCCAUCUUUCCUGAAAAGCUGGGCGGUGGAGCUGUAACUUUGACCGGAUGUGCAUUUGAGUGUGAUAAGCACAGUUCUUGCAGGUGACUAAGGAUCACCCCACAAAUGCAUCAGACUCUGCCGAUGUAACAGGUGAAUGUAUGGCGGUGGCAGGUGUGCAGGCUGCUGCUUGUUGUCUUUCCUUGCCCUGUGACACAGGACUGUUUUGCAGAAAAUCCAGGGUUUGGAAAGAGUUGCUGAUUUUCCCCAUCCAGACAUGACCGAAGCAUACUUACCCCCUAUUCCUCUCCCCUCCCUUAUUACUUAAUAAGGUUUCGAG